CCGUCAUCACCACCGCCGACCACCACACCAUCAACAACGCGCACGCACACACCAGCACAAUGCCGCGCGGGGUGCUCCCGACCCAGCUCCUCCCGCACCUCCCGCGGGCGGUGUACACGCUCGAGCCGCUGCAGGCCCCCGAACUGCUGGCGCACAUGGCCGUCCUGAAGGAGCUGUACAUGCCGCCGAUCCACGGGGGGUUCUUGGCGGGCGAUGUCGAGCUCGACGAGGGCGACGACGUCGAGGGCGGGCGCAAGAAGAGGACGCUCAGCGGUGGGGCUGUCGACCUGCCUGCGUUGGGGCUACAGAUGGAGGGCGUGGGGCUUGAGGACGACGGCGAGGAGGAGGAGGACGAGUUCGAGUUCGACGACGACUUUGACGACGACGAAGACGACCUCGCGCACAACGACCCCUUCGAGCGCGAGUGGGCCGAGAAGUGGCUGAACGGCGUCGUGCGCCGCGCGCAGGCGGUCAUCGAGGAGGCGGGCGACGACGGCGACGAGGAGACCGAGGCGGUCAUGCGGGAGGCGACGGCCGUGCUGAGCAUGAUGGCCGGCACGAGUGCCGCUGGCUCGCUCACCCGACACCUCCUCUUCCCGCUCGCGCCGGAGCUUGCGUCCGCCCUCCGCGCCCUCCGACCGCAGUUCACGGCGCCCAACCCCGCGCUGUCGCCCGAGACGGGCAAGUUCCUGCAGGCGCUGGCCACGAGCCCCGUGUCGCCAAUGGUAAUCCCACGGCGCCAGUCCGCGACCGCGCGCAGCGUGUCGCCGACGUUGACGCUAUCGCGCUCGCCGCUCGCGUCGUCCCACGUUCCCCGCCGCCGCGCCGUCCUCCCCGUUCUGCUGCACGACGCGCCAAUGUCAGACCACAUCUCCGUCGGCGUGCAGACGUGGGGCAGCGCCAUCCUCCUCGGCCGCGAGAUGGCGCUGCGGCCAGCAGACUUUGGCCUCUUCCCGCGCCACCACGACACGCCUUACCCGCACGGCGGGGGCGUGCGCGUGCUCGAGCUCGGCGCGGGCACGGGCUUGCUGUCCAUCCUGUGCCGCAAGCUGCUCGACCUGCGCGCCGUGCGCGCGUCGAGUGUCUCGCCGUCGUCGUCGCCGCGCAAGGCGGCCGGCUUCGGCACCGUGGCUACUGCCGACGCGGGCCUGGUCGUCGCGACAGACUUCCACCCGCAGGUGCUGUCCAACCUGCGGAUCUGUGUCGACUUGAACGCGCCGCCCCGCGUGCCAGGCGCGCUGGACCUCCCGGCCAUCGAGAUCGCCAAGCUCGACUGGACGACGUUCCCGGCCUUCAUGGAAGCGCGGGCGGCCGGCAAGCCGUACGACGGCGAGGAGGAGGAGCUCGCACGCCACACGCACACGCCGUUCGACCUCGUACUGGCCAGCGACUGCGUGUACGACCCGACCCACGCGGCGAUGCUGCGCGCCGUCGCGGGCUGGGUGCUCUGUCCGCCCGAGGGGUGCGAGGGCGGCGGAGGCGCCGGCGGCACAAUGCACCUCCUCUCGCCUAUACGGCCCACGUUCACCCCCGAGCUCGAGAGCAUCGACACCCACUUCCCCACGCUGAGCAGCUACCCGCCCCUUGCGGAGCGCGCGGCGGCCGCCAAGGCGGCCGGUGGCGACGUGUCCAAGGUCGACGAGCGGCUCAAGGGCGAAGGACUCGGCGCGGCGCAUGGCCUCCGCCUCGGCGUCCGCGGCGAGGGCAAGAAGAGCGUGCGUGGUCGUAAGGGCGAGGGAAGGACGGACGAGGUCGCUGGAUACUGGUGGUGGGAGGUCGGAUGGGGAUAG